UCAUGGGACCUUUAAAAGAUCAACAGCACUUUCUGUGAGGGAUAAGCAAAAUACACUGUCUGCAAAGAAUCAUCAUUCACGGUGGCAUUGGUUGUUAUAGUAGCUGUGCUUGGAAUAGCAGAUUAUGUUUAUGACACCCUAACAUUCAACAACACUAGGCCACCACAUGUUUUUGUAUUUUCCAAGAGUGCUUAAAUUCUUGUAAUACGACUAUACUAUAUAAAAAAAGUUGUUGAUGAAAUGAAUGCUGAGGUAAAUUUUUCUGGGCUUUAGGCCAAGGCACAAUUAUAUGAAGAUGUCACACAGAAAAAAAAAGUACAAGAGUGACACCUGACGUAUCAUAAAACUACCUCUUCUACAAAAUGAAAUGUCUACUUAAGUGCAGUCUCAGCUUUCCUGAAACAUACAGUCCAGGGUUUAACAUUAAUGGGCAGGCAUUGGUUAAAGGUCAUCCUCCAGGAGAAUCGUUAACUGAAAAUCAUCUCCCUGAACAUGGCUGAUUUUGGAGAAAUUCUCCGGAAUAUAGGAGAGUUUGGAUUAUUUCAAAAGAUCACUCUUUUUGCUCUUUGCUUCCCUAAUGUUAUUCUGCCUUUUCAGUUUGCCAGUGUAUUUUUUAUCCAGUCAGAUCCGGAGCGACACUGUAACACAGACUGGAUCCUUCAGGCCGACUCUAACCUGACCACAGAUGAUCAGCUGAACCUGACUCUGCCCCGGGAAGAGGACGGGACCUUCAGCAGGUGUCAGAUGUUUGUCCCUGUGGACUGGGACAUUGGUGACAUCAAGGAGUUUGGACUCAAUGAGACCACAGGGUGCCAGAACGGAUGGGUGUACAACAACACACUGUAUGAGGCCACCAUAGUCACUGAUUUUGAUCUAGUUUGUGACCAGGCAAAUUUGUUGGAAGUGGCACAGACAAUGUUGAUGGCUGGCAUUCUUGUUGGUUGUCUCUUAUUUGGACCUUUUGCUGAAUCGUUUGGCCGUAAACGAGCAGCUCAGAUUCCAGUCAUUGUGAUGCUCAUAUUUACUGUAACAACUGGAUUAUCUCCCAACUUUUAUUUAUAUUUGGCAUCCCAGUUCAUUAUGGGAAUUGGCUAUGGAGGUUUUCGACUGAACGGCGUCAUAUUAGCUACUGAGUGGAUUGGGGUGUCCAAAAGAUCAUGGGGAUCAUGUGUGACUCAGGUAUUUGGUGCAGUUGGACAGUGCGUCCUUGCUGGUGUGAUCUACUUCAUCAGAGACUGGAGACUAGCUCAACUAAUCACAGCAGCUCCACUUGCAGUUGUUGCUGUUUACAUAUGGUUUAUUCCAGAGUCAGCCAGGUGGUUGUUAAGCAAAGGAAGGACAGAAGAGGCUAAACAGCUGAUUACCAAAGUGGCAGCCAUCAACAAACGCACUGCUUCAGAGUCUCUGCUGGACAAGAUUGUUGAGAAAGAAACUGAGAAAAAGGGAGGCAUAAUAAUCCUUUUGCAAUCAUCUGUGCUUAGGAAGUAUUUUUUUACCAUAAUAUUGGCAUGGUUCUCCUUGAAUGUUACCUACUACUGCCUUUCAUUCAAUGUGGGAAAUUUGGGCUUGGACAUCUUCCUGACGCAGCUCAUGUUUGGUCUGACUGAACUACCAGCUCAUAUACUUUGCAUCUGGCUGUUAGAGGCACUGGGGAGGAAAGUGUCACUGAUGUCAACUCUUCUGAUUGGGGGAUUGUUGUGCAUCUUAAUCCUAGCUGUUCCUCAAGGUAAUGCUGUGGCUGUUACCACGUUAGCAACCUCAGGACGUUUUUUCAUGAACUGGGCAGGAUCCAUAUGCAAUGUGUAUGUUCAGGAGCUGUUCCCAACAUCUUUUCGACAAACAGCCUCUGGUUUGGUCUCCAUUGCAAGCAGAGCUGGAGGCUUGCUGUCCCCGUUGCUCAACAUGUUGGCCGUGUACCACUGGUCCAUACCCACCAUCGUUUUCAGCAGCCUUUCACUGAUCAGUGGAGCUCUCAGCUUCCUGCUUCCUGAGACCAGGAGAAAAGAGCUUCCUGAUUCAACAGAUGAGGCUGAGGGCAACAGAAAUAAGACAACCCUGAAGAAUCAACGUGAAUCAGACAAGCCUGCACAAAGCAAAUCUACCAAACUGUAGUCCCAAUACUUAUAUUACUUAACACUCCAUUGGUGUUGUUGUUGUGCCACCCUCAGACCAAAUGUCAGCACACAAGAUAUCUCAAAAUCUAAUCAGCUGAUAGUUUUGGAAGUUACCGACAACAUUCAUGCUCAGAGAUACACCCUUUUAAUAUGAAUGACACGUUGGCUCAGGACAAACUUUAUAUUUUCAGUCAAUCUGUCAGUUUUUACCUUAAACGAAUACAGUAGCAUGGUACUUCAAUUAGUAACUGUUUUCUGAGAUCUACUUUCUACUGAAAUAAGAUUUCCGUUGCACUCAAUAAAAACUCUUCACAGUGUGAUCUGUGGAUUUUUCAAAACGAAAGGCACAUUGUGGGAAAAUAAACCUGCUGUAAAUCAUAUUAUUUUUGAUAUCCUUUUGGGAGGCUCAAACCGAAUACCAUUAACCUCCCUUGUAUUGAUGAUGAUGGCGGAAGUCUCAGCAGUGGAAAUCUGAAAUUUCUGCAAAUAAAAUGGAAACUAUCUGCAAUGAGUUAAAUGGUUAAAUGUGUUUUUUGAUAACCAAACAUGAAUUAACAUGAAUAACCCUUAAUUAAAGCAGUAAAGUACAACAGUCCAUUAAAUAUUUGAGAUAACACAAGUAAAGCCAAAGUGCUUUCAAUUAUGCUUCAUAUUUUAUUAAUUUGUAUGGAACCAAGUGUAAUACUGAAGAAAAAGUGCAGCAGAGCUGAUUUGAAUCUUGUAGUUCAUCUGAAGGUAAAAGUCUGAAGAUCAUUGUUAACUAUCUCAUACCAUAAAUGUGGAAACUAGAAUUCUAAAAGCAGGAUUUGAAACGAUUCUAUUUAACAUGAAAAAAAUGUCUUCAUUAGGCUACAUGGUAAUCACUAUAUGGAAUGGAGGUGGAGUGGAGGCAAGAAGAUGGCUGGCCAAGGCAGAGGGCUGAGGGUCGAUGGUGGAUGGCAGACCAGGCAUGAUGGGUGGAC